GGUGGAGAGGUGGCCGGGCGGCGAGCGCGCACGGAAGGGACGCACACACAUGGAGACGGGGCAGGGCUCGCAGGCGGCCGACGCGGCCGGGGAGCAGCACUCCCCCGCGGCCGACGUGUCCAGCAGCCCCAGCCCGCCGGCCAGGCAGCGCUCGCUGCGGGUCGUGUACGUGCUGAACGACGGGCUGAAGGCGGUGAUGGCCGGCAGCAGCAGCCCGGAGUCCGGCGCGCUGCAGCCGCUGCAGAGAGCCUGCGACGCGGAGAGCGCGCUGCUCACCACCGUCACCUUCGGCCGCCUGGACUUCGGGGAGACGGCGGUGCUGGACAGCUUCUACGACGCAGACAUCGCCGUCGUGGACAUGAGCGACGUGUCUCGGCAGCCCUCCCUGUUCUACCACCUGGGCGUCAGGGAGAGCUUCGACAUGGCCAACAACGUCAUCCUGUACCACGACACCGACCCCGACACCGCCCAGUCCCUGAAGGACAUGGUGGCACAGAAAAACACAGCCUCUCGUCUGCCAGCUUUAGGUUUUCCCUGGGUUCAGUUGCCCCCAGAGUACCGGGGCUCUGGAAUGCGAAACAAAGCGUCCAGCGGGAACUACUACUUCAUCCCCUACAUCGUGACUCCCAGCCACGAGUACAUGUGCUGCGAGAGCGACGCCCAGCGCAGGGCCAGCGAGUACAUGCAGCCCAGCUGGGACAACCUGCUGGGGCCGCUGUGCGUCCCGCUGACCGACCGCUUCACCAGCCUGCUGAAAGACAUCCACGUGACAUCCAGCGCGUCGUUUAAGGACACCCUGCUCAACGACAUCAGGAAGGCCAGAGAGAAGUACCAAGGAGAGGAGCUGGCCAAGGAACUCUCCCGCAUCAAGCUCCGCAUGGACAACACAGAAGUCCUGACGCAGGACAUUGUGAUAAACCUGCUGUUUUCCUACAGAGACAUACAGGACUACGAUGCGAUGGUGAAACUGGUGGAAACUCUGGAGACGCUGCCCACCUGUGAUCUGGCCACCCAGCCCAUGAUCCAGUUUCACUACGCGUUUGCACUCAACAGGAGGAACAGUCCCGGGGACCGGGAGCAGGCCCUGCGGGUCAUGCUGCAGGUGCUGCAGUCCUGCGAGCAUCCUGCCCCCGACAUGUUCUGCCUCUGCGGUCGCAUCUACAAGGACAUUUUCCUGGACUCAGACUGCAAAGACACAAUCAACAGAGACAAGGCUAUACAGUGGUACAGGAAAGGCUUCGAGCUGCAGCCGACUCUGUACUCCGGCAUCAACCUGGCCGUGCUCCUCAUGGUCGCCGGGCAGCAGUUUGAGAACUCCAUGGAGCUGAGGAAAAUAGGUGUGAGGCUGAACAGUCUGCUGGGGCGUAAAGGUUCCCUGGAGAAGAUGAACAACUACUGGGACGUGGGCCAGUUCUUCACCGUCAGCAUGCUGGCCAGCGACAUCCCCAAAGCUACUCAGGCCGCGGAAAAACUUUUCAAACUGAAGCCGCCGCUCUGGUAUCUGCGGUCGGUGGUGCAGAACUUGCAGCUCAUCCAGAGGUUUAAGAAGCAGGCGGUGGAACAUUCUCCCCAGCGAGAGAGACUGGACUUCUGGAUGGACAUCAUCGUGGAGGCCACCCAAGGCACCACCAAUAGGCUGCGGUUUCCCGUGUUGAUUCUGGAGCCCACCAAGAUCUACCAGCCCUCCUACGUGUCAAUCAACAAUGAGGCCGAAGAGAUGAACGUGUCCAUCUGGCACGUUUCUCCUCCUGAAACGAAGGGAAUCCACGAGUGGAACUUCACUGCUACGUCCAUCAAAGGCAUUAGCAUCAGUAAGUUCGACGAACGCUGCUGCUUCCUCUACGUCCACGACAACUCUGACGACUUCCAGAUCUAUUUCUCCACCGAGGAGCAGUGCGCUCGGUUCUGCUCCAUGGUGAAAGAGAUGAUCUCCGACGGCACGGGCAACUCGGUGGAGCUGGAGGGGGAGGGGGACGGAGAUACGCUGGAAUACGAGUAUGACACCAAUGAGACGGAAGACAAGGUGGUCCUGGGACGGGGGACGUACGGGGUGGUGUACGCCGGGAGAGACCUGAGCAACCAGGUCCGGAUCGCCAUCAAAGAGAUUCCUGAGCGAGACAGCAGAUACUCGCAGCCUCUCCAUGAGGAAAUUGCUCUUCACAAGUACCUGAAGCACAGGAACAUUGUCCAGUAUUUGGGUUCUGUUUCGGAGAACGGCUACAUCAAGAUCUUCAUGGAACAAGUUCCCGGAGGAAGCCUGUCUGCGCUGCUGCGGUCAAAAUGGGGCCCUUUAAAGGAGGCCACGAUCGUGUUCUACACCAGACAGAUCCUGGAGGGCCUGCGCUACCUGCACGAGAACCAGAUCGUCCACAGAGACAUUAAGGGGGACAACGUGCUGGUCAACACCUACAGCGGCGUCUUGAAGAUCUCCGACUUCGGAACGUCCAAGCGUCUGGCGGGAGUCAACCCCUGCACAGAAACAUUCACAGGCACGCUGCAGUACAUGGCUCCAGAGAUCAUUGAUAAGGGUCCUCGAGGCUACGGGGCCCCCGCUGACAUCUGGUCCCUGGGCUGCACCAUCAUCGAGAUGGCCACCGGAAAGCCUCCCUUCCACGAGCUGGGAGAGCCGCAGGCCGCCAUGUUUAAGGUCGGCAUGUUCAAGAUCCACCCGGAGAUCCCUGAGUCGCUGUCGCUGGAGGCCAAGUCCUUCAUCCUGCGCUGCUUUGAGCCCGACCCCCACAAGAGAACCAUCGCCUCAGACCUGCUCCGAGACCUCUUCCUCAGGCACAACACCAAGGGCAAGAAGAGCAAGAUCGCCUUCAAAUCACCAGACUACAUCCACAACAUCUCUGCGGCGGUGCAGCUGCAGGGCGAGACGGCCGGCAGCAGCAGCAGCGCGGACGGCUCCGUGAGCCCGGACUGCGACUCCAAACACGACGUCUUCUUCCAGAGGAAGAAGAGCCCGGGGUCGGAGAACCUGCUCAAGCCGCCCAACUCCAACUACCUGAGCGUUCCAGAUGACAGCUCUGUAUCGGAGGAUCGCAGUGCCCCCCCGUCAACUGAGGACAGGGACGGCGGCCUCUUCCUGCUGAAGAAGGACAGCGAGAGACGAGCUAUUCUGUACAAGGUGCUCAAUGACGACCAGGAUAAAGUCAUCUCCAACCUCAUGGAGAACCACAUCCAGGGCAGCGAAGAGCUCCAGCUGUCCGUUGAACACAUAAAGCAGAUCAUCUGCAUCCUUCGGGACUUCAUUCAUUCUCCUGAGAGGCGCGUCAUGGCGGACACCAUCUCCAAACUCAAGCUGGACCUCGACUUCGACUCCACCUCCAUCAACCAGAUCCAGCUGGUUCUGUUCGGCUUCCAGGACUCGGUGAACAAGGUCCUGAGGAAUCAUCACAUUAAACCUCACUGGAUGUUUGCCAUGGACAACAUCAUCCGCCGAGCUGUGCAGGCGGCCAUCACCAUCCUCAUCCCUGAGCUGCAGACACACUUCGGGCCGGCGUCGGAGUGUGAGGGAGCGGACAAGGAUGACGAGGUGGAUGAAGUGGAAUCAGAGUUCGGUCCCGUUUUAGCGUCGACCUCCGACGAGCCGGGGACGAGCGCCGACGCCGCCCACUCCAGCAUCAGCACCCUGAACUCGGCCCACUCCCACGAGCACCAGCGGCUGCACCAUCACCUGGGAGCCCAGCUGGGCCGGCUCAAGCAGGAGACCAGCAGGCUGCUGGAAGAGCUGCUGCAGAAGGAGAAGGAGUACCAGCAGGUCCUGAAGGCCACGCUGCAGCAGAGGAGCCACGAUCUGGAGCUGGUCAGAGUCAGACAUAGACCACCAGACCUUUCACCUCCCUCCAUCCAUCACACUCCAGCGGACCACGAGCCAGACAAGCCGCUCACCGAUUGGCUGAAGGAGCAGGGGGCGGACGCCAACACCAUGGACAAGUUUGUGAUGGAGGAGUACACUCUGGCCGACGUCCUGAACGAUGUUACCAAGGACGACCUCCGCUGUCUGCACCUACGCGGGGGAAUCCUCUGCCGGAUCUGGCGAGCCAUCCAGCGACACAGAGAGCGAGAGAGGCUGAAGGGCGACGAGUGCGUCGGAUGACGAUGCGUGACGCCGACUGUGAUUUCAAAUCUUUUGCUGAAAAACAUGCGCACACUGACACAUUACCAGCCUUGCAUGGCCAUCUCUCCGUUCUCCGCCUGUCUCCAGAGUGCCUUCUUGUUUUGUUUUUUAAAUGUUUAAAUGUGCAGGACUGAGUGAACCCACGGGUCUUUACGGACCAGACCAAAGCGCUUUAGUGCGGGCACUACUGUGUGUUUCUCUUUGUGUACGUACGUGUUUCUCCGUGUCACAGUGUGUUUGUUCUUGGACUUUUUUGAGCGAAUAUGAGUCCCUAAAAAACUAAUGUGUAGUGGAUUUAUUCAUGUAAAAGGUCUGUGGUUUCCUGGAUUGUGCACCAAUUACCGUAUUUUCUGGACUAUAAGCCACACCUGUAUAUAAGCCGCAUCCGCUCUAUUUUUAAAAAAAUAAUAAAAAAAGGAUAUGCAAGCCGCAGAUAUUUAUGUUGUUAGAUUAGAUAUUUACUACAUGUACAGAACGAUUUUGAACUGUAAAUGAUGUACAUGUUUGUACCUAAAUAGAUCCUUUCCUACACUGCAAAAACUCAAAAUCUUAACGAGAAUAUUUAUCUUAUUUCUAGUUAAAAUGUCUAAUUUUUAGUAAAAAAAAAACAAGACUCAUUGCUGGAAAAAACAAUUUUCACCUGUUUCAAGUAGAUUUUCACU